AUGUGGUGGGGAACUCCGCAGCACGUGCACAAGGGCCGCGCUGAGGCUGCCGAGGCAGAGAAAAUGGCCGAUGCUGUGCCAUCCCUUGGCUCAACGCCUAUGGAUCUUGAUAUCCGAGCAGCCCGGGCAAGCGCCAACAUGCUUGAUGGAUUGCAGAGCUUGCUCGACAGCAAAGAAUGCUGCGAUAUUGUGUUUCUCACAUGCGAAGAGCAGAUUGAAGCUCAUGCUGUGGUACUGGCUGCAAGCAGCCCAAACUUCUGCAAGUACUUGAGGCAGACGUCCAUGCGUGGACUCAAAGAGCCUUCGGCUCCUGGCCACGAAAUGGAGGAGCUGUUCACGACUGUAUCCACCAGCCCGCCGGCGUCGGCGGAGGCCGGGGCGCGAGUGGCAGCCGCGCCCCCCACAGCCGCAGGAGAAGGGGGAGAAGACCCCAAAGCAGUCACAGAGGUCCCCGAGACAGAGGCCAUUUCCCAGCCGAAGGAGGAGCCUGGGAUGGAUGGAGCUGGCAAACGCUCCGAUGAGGCGACAGCGGAAGCGCCCAUGGAGGUCGAGGUGGAAGCUUGCAAGCCGGAAGAAGCCGCCCCCGCGCCAAGCCCCGGAAUAACUAGUCCCACAAGCGACGAGAAGACGAAGGCGGACAAGGUUCGGGUUCAGGUCAACGGGCUCUCCUCCUCGGAGGCGAUGCACAUCCUCCUUGACUACAUCUACAAGGGCAGUGCAGCUGCCAGCUGGGAAUACAAAGCUACGAGUGCGCAGGUGAACAAGGAGAUCUUGCGCUUGGCAACAUACUUCGGCUUUGCGCAGCUGCACGAGCAUGCGGCCAGGUGGCUUGCCAAAGGCUUGACUACGGAGAAUGUUGUGGAUCGACUCGUAACGUGCGAGGAGUUUGGAUUGGGCCUUCUGCGUGAGAAGAUCACCGAGAGGCUCGCGCUGAAGCCUGCCGAAAUGAUGCAAGUGUGCAGCAGCCCGGAGAUUACCAAGCACCCUCGGAUCUUGCAGGAUCUCCUGGUGCAAGUCGCUUCGCUGAAAAAGGGCGGUGCAGAGGCGACAGAGGAUGCAAAGGAGGAGAAGCAAGAGCCGAAGCCCGACAAAGCCGAACGGGAGAAGGAGAAGCACGAGAAGGCCGAGAAGGAGAAGCAUGACAAGGCCGAAAAGCCGGAGAAGCCGGAGAAGAAACACGAAAAGGAGAAGGAGAAGCCUGAGAAGCCUUCGAAGCAGGCAGAGAAACAGACAGGCAAGAAGCGCAAAGCCGCGGCCAUCGCCGCAGCAGUGAGAAUCUCGUAUGGGCCCUGCGGCAAGGAUCAGCUCAUCGUCACGGAGAGACAGAAGUUGGUCACCAAUUCCGCUGCAAGGAUUCUCGAGCUGGCUCGGCCGGGCUCCCCCAUCGCCAAGGUUGUCCUGCGCCACAUCUGCAAGUUUGCCCAGGAUGUGGGAGAUGGAGCAGGCACACUUGCGUUGCUUCUUGCGGGUGCUGUCCGAGUCUGCAGCUCUUGGCUGCGGGAGGGCAAAGCGCGGCGACAGGACUUGGAGCAUUGCCUAUCGUACAUUGAGGCAAUCGUGCUGCGAGAGGACGCUGCAGAAGUGCUACAGGGCCUUCGAUGCUCAGGAGAUACGUCUACAGAGAAGCGCUUCUCUGACCUGGCACGAACCUUCUUCGGUGCGAAUUUUCCCCCGGAGGUUUGUGGAGUUCUGUCAAGAGCGUGCUGGCGAUGGAUUUGUGACAACGGCUCGCUUCCUCUUGACGGGGACAAGGCUGCAGUUGCCGAAGAAGUCGUUGCUUCGGCCGCCGCAUCCCUUCGGAGCGGGGAGCUUGUUAAAGUGCCCAGUGCGGGUCCAGCGAUGCAAGAGACAGCAGGCAGUGCUUCUUCGGCAAGGGUCGAGAGAGCUGUGGUAGUUUCUGGCGUGUUGGCGAGCUCGAGCAUGCCCAGAGAGUGUCAGGGCAGGGCCGUCAUCCUAGACGACGAUGUUGCGCCCCUGCCAGUUCGCGUCGCCAUGCCAGCUGUUGCCCUUGACAGGCUGGAGAAACGAUUGGUCGUGGCCACGGAGCAGCUUUGGCAGGCAGGCAUUCGGCUCGUUCUAUGCGCAGCGCACGUCCACGAGGAGUGGACAGGCUCACUGUCCCAGCGCGGGAUUGCGGUGCUGCAUUUGGUUGAUGAGGAGGAGCUCGCUGUGUUGGAAGCGCGCUGUGGCAUCACGCGGAGGGUCCGUUUGGGCAGCGAUGAUGUGGCCUCUUUGAAAGCUGCAGGGUUCCAGCUUGAUUCGUUCAGGCCCUUGCAGAAAUCUUCGGAAGGGCUGGCAGGAUCUCGAGCUUACUGGCUCCUUGAUCUGAGCCCAGAGAGCAACCGCACUCCCGCAAGCUGCCUGCUGCUCCAAGCGAGCUCAAGCAGUUUGGCAAUCGAGCAUCGACUGGCAAUCCUUCGUCUCUUGCUGGUGGUCUUGCACGGAUUCCAGGAACCUUGUGAUCUCAUCGCCGGAGGCUUGGCCUUCGAAGUGGCUUUGCUUCGCAUGGCGCGACGGAAGAUUACGAACCUUCGUGGCCCAGAAGACAGGAAUCUGGAACGCAACGCUUUCCACGUUCUGGGAGUCGACGAUCCAGCCAAGGCGCUACGCCUGGAGGGUCUUUCUUGGCUGCUCCUCGAGGCUUCUUUGCUGGAGGUGGUGGAGGCGUUCAUUGCGAAUCUUCUCGGAUGUCGCGGGGGUGCAGGUGCACGACUGAGAAGUGCAGGAAGGACUGCUCGACUUUUGGCCUCGGCCGGUGCAUCAGAGCUGGAUGAUGUGCCAGGGAUGCGAGCGAUUCCCGGCGGCUUCCACGGCUUCGUGGUAGAGCCCGGCAUCGGCGCCUGCGAGGAUUCCACUCCUCGACCUGUGGAGACUGGCCACUUGAAGCUGCAGCAGCUACGGGCUAUGUGCAGUUUGGUACGACAGCUCUGUCGCUUGGAUCCUUCCUGCGUUGAUCGAGGACAACUCCCGGGCUGA